AACGCGGAUUAAUUUUUUUCUAUUUUGGUCCGACUGGCUGCGCAACAAAAUUCAAGUAUUGCUAGUACCUACAGGCGUGCAGGCUAGUGCUAGUGUGAUAUUACGCGUACGUACAUCCGUGCAGUGAUAAGCUGAGACGUGCGAUAAGGUGUCCCAUCUAUGGGAUUGUAAUUUUUACCAUUCUUCAGUCAGUCUAGCGCCAGUCUCAGGGUGAAAGCCUCUCCGCCAACAACCAGGAAGUAUAGUUCGUAUUCAAACAGAGACUCAGAAUGACUGUCAAAAAAAUUGUUUGUUAGUGCACAAAGUUGGCCAAUGUUUUGCUCGCGUCUUACGUUAGUUUGGUGAAAUUUAUCUAUCGAAGCGCUAGGGCCAAGUACAACGAUGACGACCGACGCAGGUUCCCGUUCUGAAUCUCUUCUACCGGCGCCGGGUGUCGACAUGGAUGACAGCCGUUUCCGGAUCCGACCGUACCAGCAGAUCCUGUCGUCCUGCAGCGGAGCGCUAGUGACGUCUCUUUUUAUGACCCCACUGGAUGUCGUGAAGACCCGGCUACAAGCACAGCAGAAGAUGAUGUUGUCUAAUAAAUGCUACCUCUAUUGCAAUGGCCUGAUGGACCAUUUGUGUCCUUGUGGACCCAAUGGAACAGCGACGUUCGCCAAGCCCAAGCUGCAUUUCACCGGAACGGUGGACGCGUUUGUCAAAAUCAGUCACCACGAGGGCGUCAAGUCACUGUGGUCCGGCUUGAGUCCCACGCUGGUACUAGCUCUGCCGACCACGGUCAUAUACUUUGUGGCGUACGAGCAGUUCCGGUUGCGGUUGAAGGAGGUAUAUCUUCGUAACAGGGACAAAUCAACGGAACUUCCAUUUUGGCUUCCACUAGUGGCCGGCGCUUCAGCCCGGGUGAUGGCCGUGACGAUCGUGAAUCCACUGGAGUUGAUUCGUACCAAGAUGCAAUCGGAGAAGCUUAGCUAUACAGAAGUGGGUCGAGGCUUUCGCAGUAUGCUUAAAAUGCAAGGAAUCCUGGGACUGUGGAAAGGUUUCUUUCCGACUAUUUUGCGAGAUGUCCCAUUCAGCGGCAUCUACUGGACGACAUACGAAACGUAUAAGAAGCACUUCAACGUCACGCAGCCCAGCUUUGGAUUCAGUUUUGUCGGUGGUGCCAUAUCUGGUGGGGUCGCCGCAUUUAUUACGGUUCCGUUCGAUGUCGUCAAAACGCACCAGCAGAUCGAGUUCGGCGAGAAGUUCCUGUAUGCCGAGAACGGAGAGAAGCGAAAAAAUCCUCCGAAAAGCUCGGGAACGUUUGAGACGAUGCGCAACAUCUACGUUCGGAAUGGCAUUAAAGGGCUAUUUGCCGGAUUAACGCCACGGCUGGUGAAGGUGGCCCCGGCCUGCGCCAUCAUGAUCGCCUCCUUUGAGUAUGGGAAGAACUUCUUCUACAAUUACAACGUGGCACGAUAUCAGGCCCGGCGGGAGAAGGACCAAAGCAGUACACUGAUUAAGACCAAGAAACAUACGGGGGGUGUUGGGUAUUGAUUGGUGGAACCGGGGGUCGCUUCAGACAAAUCGGAUCCAGGAACAGAACACAUCAAACAACUCAGUAUGUUUUAUUUUAUUGUUGAAAUAUAGAUUGUAUAAUAUAACUAAUGAAA